AUGCAUUCCCUCGCCCUCAUCUCCACUUUCAUCGCAUCCGCCUCUGCCCACGGUCUAGUACAAGGCAUCGUAGCCAGCGGAACAUACUACUUCGGCUACAACCCCAACUUCCAAUACCGCAAUCCCAUCCCCCUCGUCGCAGGUUGGUCCGCUCCAGAAGACAUCGACAAUGGCUUCAUUGAUCCCACGAAAUUCUCCUCCCCAGACAUCAUCUGCCACCGCUCCGCCACACCCGCAGGCAUCGCCGCCAAAAUCUCCGCGGGAGAUGUAGUCGAGAUGCAAUGGACCGACUGGCCCGAGAGCCACCAUGGUCCUGUCCUGGACUACAUCGCGAAAUGUCCCGGUGACAGCUGUGUAGAUAUCGACAAGACCAAACUCGAAUUCGUGAAAAUCAGCGAGAAAGGCAUGAAUGAAUGGGAAACUUCCCCGGGGAAAUGGGCAAGUGACGAACUCAUCGCAAACAACAACUCUUGGUCCAUCAAAAUCCCCCCCUCCCUAAAAAAAGGCUCCUACGUCCUCCGCCACGAAAUCAUCUCCCUCCACUCCGCCGACCACCCCAAAGGCGCACAAAACUACCCCCAAUGCAUCAACCUCGACAUCACAACCUCCACAGGUACUAUAGAUCUCUCUUCCACCAACGACGGAAUCCCCGCAAUGCAAUUCUACGACGCACGGGAUGCGGGGAUAUUUAUCAACAUCUACGAAUCGAAAUCUACAUAUCAGAUUCCGGGACCGACGCUUUGGAGUGGCGUGGGGGAUUCCCUCGCAAGGCAAACGCCUGUGAGGAUUGAGAGUUAUGCGCCUUGGGUUACGGGGAGUAGUACUUCUUCUCUUCCACAAGAGGAAUAUUCGCCGCAGUCGACGGGAUAUGCUUCGAUGAUAUUUUCUGGCGGGGAGAAGGGAACUUCUACCACCUUUGUUUCUUACAAGUCUCCUUCUUCUUCUUCUUCUUCGUCUUCAACAAAGACGUGCACUACAACAACAACAGCCCCUACAACCACCACAAACUCCGCAUCCUCAACCCUCUAUUCCGAAACCCUGCAAGCUCUAAUCGAUACCUUACCCCCCGGCGCUCUAACUAAAACAAUGGAAGUCCCUAGCGUGACUGGGACUUCACAGGGGAAAGGAAAUGGGAGGCUACCUGCGAAAGAUUUACCUAAAGGGUGGACUUUGGGCGAGCUUUUGCAGUGGGUACAGUGGUCUGUGGAUAACAAGGCUUGGAAGGGAGAAGAGGGACGGCGGGGAGGGAGGGGUGGUGGGGGGAAGCAUGCAAGGGAUUUUUCUUUUUGA